AUGGGUUCGGUGUCAAGCGAAGGACUUCCGGAAAGCUAUCAAUGGUUCCCGGAUCAGAUUGCUGGACACCAUCCAUCAGUAAUCAAAAAUGGAAAGCGGGAGAUUGGUCUUCUAAAAAUUCCAGGAUCACACGAGAUUCUUAAGCCAAAGCAAGAUGCCAGCCGCGGAGAGAAAGAGGUAGCUCUCUACAAACUACUAUCAUCUUCUUCUUCUGUGGAUGCCACGACUUCUUCAUCCCUCUUGACAACGUCUUCAGAUGGAUUGCGUAACGGAACACGAAUGAAGGAUGUGAAUCGGAUGAAGGGGUUGACAGCGAAGUUUUAUGGAAUGGAGACGUUGUUUGUGGAUGGAGAAGAUCGUGAGUUCCUUGUCCUCGAAGAUGUGACAUCCGACUAUACCCGUCCAGCAAUCUUGGAUCUCAAAAUGGGUCAAGUCACCUACGACCCAUUAGCCAGUGCCGCCAAAAUCGAGAAGGAGACGAUAAAAUACCCACCACAAGCUACCAUGGGUCUCAGAAUACUUGGCUACAGGAUCCAUCAACGCAAUAAGGAAGUCGAGAUACGUGACAAGGACUGGGGAAAGUCAUUCGACGAGACCAACAUUCAAAAUGGCCUAUCUGAAUAUUUCUCUGCCAGACAUGCUGAUUUGAAAAUGGUCCUUCAAGAAGCUUUAGACAGACUGCAACCAUUCAAAGAAUUUUUUGAAUCUCAAGAAUCCUUUAAAUUCUUUGCUUCUUCUCUUCUUUUUGUCUAUGAAGCCGAUAAAACGCUUCCAAUCAAUUUGAGGAUCGUCAUGAUUGACUUCUCUCACGCUUUCGAAUCAAACGGCCAACGCGAUGAGGGAUAUCUAUUUGGAAUUAAAAAUCUCGAAAAAUAUCUGAAUUCACUGAUCUCUGAAACCUAA